AUGAAUACGGCUACGGUGACGAGCCUCGAGAGCUCAAGCACCACUGCCUCGUCAUCCCUGCGUAACAAGCACAAUGGCAACUCCAAUGGCACCUCCAACCUCAAGACCGCUGCCAAGCCGACUACAUCCGAGAACAACCGUACGACAGAGGAGCUGAGGAGAGCCAUUCAAAAGAAAUACAGACACGUUGCUGCCGUCCACUCCAAAUCGCGCCCUUCAACCCUGAGCCAUGACUCUAAUACAGCCCCGAGCUUCAUUGGCUUCAGGAACCUAAUGGUAAUUGUAUUAAUUGUCGGUAAUCUUCGUCUGAUGAUGGAGAACAUCCAAAAAUAUGGAGUGUUAAUCUGUGUUCGCUGUCACGAUUUCCGCCGGCAAGAUCUCGCUCUCGGCUUGGGCUUAUAUCUCCUGAUUCCCUGCCAUCUGUUCGCCGCAUACCUGAUCGAACUGGCCGCUGCUCAGCAAGCAAGGGGCCUGCGGGCAAAAUCAAAGGACGGAGCCGCUAGCCCGACAGAGGACCAGCGCUCGCGGUUCAACUCUACCUGGAAGAUUAUCGCUUGGAUCCACGCCGUCAACAUUACGCUCGCCCUGGCUGUCACCUCUUACGUCGUGUACUUCCACAUUCACCACCCUUUGAUCGGCACCCUGACUGAGCUUCACGCCAUCAUCGUCUGGCUCAAGACGGCGUCAUACGCCUUCACGAACCGAGACCUUCGACACGCCUACUUGCACCCCGUCAAGGGCGAGCUCGCCGCCAUGCCUGAGAUCUAUCAGCAGUGCCCCUAUCCUCAGAAUAUUUCGAUGCACAACCUGGCGUACUUUUGGUGGGCCCCGACGUUGGUCUACCAACCUGCGUACCCGAGAACAGACAAGAUCAGAUGGGUCUUUGUCGGCAAGCGCAUGGCAGAGGUGUUUGGUCUGGGCGUCUUCAUCUGGUUCGCCAGCGCCCAGUAUGCCACCCCUGUCCUCAUCAACUCUCUCGAUAAGAUUGCGUCUCUGGAUGUUCCCAAGAUUCUCGAGCGGUUGAUGAAGCUUUCCACGAUCUCUCUAGUCAUCUGGCUCGCCGGGUUCUUUGCUCUCUUCCAGUCAUUCCUCAACGCCCUCGCCGAGGUUACCCGCUUUGGUGACCGGUGUUUCUAUGAGGACUGGUGGAAUAGCGAGAGCCUGGGUGCGUAUUGGAGGUUGUGGAACAAGCCCGUAUACCAGUACUUCAAGCGCCACGUCUACUCACCCCUAAUCGGCCGAGGAUGGAGCCCGAAGGCCGCCCAGCUGGCCGUUUUCUUUGCGUCCGCUGUACUGCACGAGGUUCUUGUUGGCAUUCCGACACACAACAUUAUUGGUGUUGCUUUUGCUGGCAUGUUCCUCCAACUUCCUCUCAUUGCCAUCACCACUCCCCUGGAAAAGAUGCAGACCCCGACGGGUCGCAUGCUUGGCAACUGUAUUUUCUGGGUUUCCUUCACCAUCCUCGGGCAGCCCUUUGCUGCUCUGAUGUACUUCUACGCGUGGCAGGCCAAGUACGGUAGCGUCAGCAGGCAAAUGGCUUGGAAUUCGGUGGCAAGUUCGUAA